AUGAUUAGGCUUCUCUAUACAAUUUUUGUACUCCUUUAUCCAAUUAGAUGCACAUGGGUUAGAAUAGGAUCAUAUAUUACUUCAGUAAAGCAAUUUAGUAGCACAGAUACUGAUGGAUUUAUAAGUCAAUUUGGUAAUCCAAAUUUACCUGCUAAUUAUAUCAAUUGUUCAGCAGAAGGAAGCUAUAUAACUUUAAAUACUUUAUCAUAGUCAGCAAUACAUUAAAAUAGUUUAUCCACAAGUUCCUAUUCAAUGUAUUUCAUAACAUACGAUCUCAUAUUUUUUAACACAUGGAAUAAUGAAGAUUUUGUAAAGUAUAGUAUUGGAUCCUACUAAAAUGAUAUAAUAUAUAAUAACAUUGAAAAGGUAAGCAUUUCUAAAGGAUUUUGCAAUAACUAAGUUGCGAUCAUUUAAACUAUCAAUUAUACAAUAAAUUCUACGAUUAUUUCUGGUUACCAUAAAUUUGAGAUCAAUUCCUUAACUGCAAGAGUUUCUAUUAAAAAUUUAAUUGUAUCAGCCCUAUAGUGUCAUGGAACUUGUAGAAUUUGUUUUGGAAGCAAAUAUAAUUAGUGUUCUUUUUGUUUUUCAUAUGGUACUCUUACUUCUUAGAAUACAUGUGAAUACUCCUGUCCAAGCACAGCUAUGUAUUAUGUUAAAAAUUAGGGUUGCAAACCUACUUGCCAUAUUAAUUAAUAAAAAUAUGUCAAAGGAGUUUGUGAACCAUAUCCAAGUAUUAAUUAUUAUAAUGUAGUUUCCACCAUACUUGGUCUUUAUAUUUCAUCAUCAAAAUCUACAGAACAAUUUAGAUGGUAAAUUAUUUAUGAUUUUGAGUAAUUAAAUACAGUAUUACCUGAAAAUAGACAAUUUGAUGGCUUUUAUAUUUAUGGAAUAUUUACAAAUAAUUAAGGUAUAUAUAGAGUAUUAACAUUGCCAUCAAAUCAAGGGACAUUUAUGAUAGCAAUAACUGUAGAAUUAGUGCUCUUUAAUAUAAUGCCACCGUUAAGUAGUAUAUAAUUUUUAAUAAAUGAUACUUACUAUGGAUAAAUUUAUAGUGAUGAUUAAGGUACCUUGAAAACUGACAAAUUAUUUAGAUUUUGGACUGAUACUAGAUCAAAUACUGUUUUUAAUGGCAUUUCCUAUACUAAUAAUUAAUAUAAUACUUUAUAUUUCUAUGCAGAUAUAACAAAUACUUUUGUUAUUAAAAUGAUAGGGAACUAUUCGUAAAAUCAUAUAAUAUUUUAGAAAUUCAAAUGCUGGUUGGGGAUUAAGAAGUCUUUAUGUUUAUUCAGGCUAUUGUCCAUCUAAUUGUUUGAGAUGUGAAGAAAAAUUUAAUUGUGCUUAAUGUUAAACUGGAUAUUUGAAAUCAAAAUGGGGAACAUGUAGUUAAUGUUUAGGUGCUUAUUAACAAAAAAUUAAUACCACCCACUGUUAAGAAGACGAUGAUGAAACAAAUUGUAAAUAUAGUAAUUUAUAUAAUAGAUUCUAAAUAUAUUAUUAAAGAAUUCACAGGUUUAGAAUUAGAUAUAGAAACAUACCCAGAGUAUACACUUUUAAAUGCAGUUGGACAAAACUUUUUAAAAGGAUAAGGAAUUUAUUAUUCUAUUUGGAAAUCACAAUUCAGAAUAUUUGGAGGACCUUUUAUCUGGGCUUAAGCAAAGUUUUCAAGAAUUAUAAAUAUAGAAGAUCCUCAUCAUGCAAUAACCAUUUCUUUUAUUGUUAUUUUUGGCCCUAAUUUCCCUGAAGAUGGAUAAUUUAUAUUUAGUUUAGAUGGAAUUAUUUAAAUGGAAUUAACAUCAAGUUUUUCAGUAGAAAUACCUAUUCGACAUAAAUAACUGCAUAAUUAAAAUAGCAUAUCAAUAGAAUUAGAAUGUAAAGGCAUAAAUAAUGAGCCAAUUUAUUCUUAUUGUGGAUUUUAUUAGCAUUAUUUUACUGUUCAUUAAUGCAAACCUAAUUGCAACUCUUGUUCAAAUGAGUCAGAUUGUUUAGAUACAAAUUAUGUAGAAUCAGUACCCAUAUGUUUAAAUGACCAAUACUUUGAUUAAUAUUAGUUGAAAUGUUAGAGUUGUCCAACAACCUGCAUGACAUGUACAUCUUUUUAAAAUUGUUUAACUUGUGUUGAAACCUUCUCAAAUCCAACAUAAGGAUGCAUUUGUGCUUCUAAUCAAUAUUUGGAAUCUAAUAUAUGCAAUAAUUGUCCCUAAAAUUGUAAUCAAUGCAUAAAUUCUUUAAAAUGUACAGAAUGUAUAUAAGGUUUGUUUAGAACAUUAAUAAAUGAUGUAUGCGUUUGUUAGGAUAGUUAUUUUGAAUUAAAUAAUGAAUAAAUAUGCUAAAAAUGUAUUUAGAAUUGUCUAAAAUGUUCAUCAUUAAAUUAAUGUGAUAUUUGUUUAGUUGGGUAUUAGCUAAAUAUUAAUGGUACUUGUGAUUAAAAUCCGAAUACUUAUUUUUAGCAUACACUUGAUACAUAUUUAGAAUGCCCUAUUUCAUCAAUAUGUAAUCCUUGCUAAGGAAUAAAUCUCUCAUGUGUCUGUGGUGAUAUGAUAAUAACAGGAGAUGAAUUUUGUGAUGAUGGAAAUUCAAUUUAAUUUGAUGGAUGUUAUUAAUGUAAAUUCUAGUGUUAACCUGAAUGUACCAAAUGUAUUAAUGGAGUUUGUUAUGAAUGUGCCACUUCAGGUUGGUAUUUAGAUGUUUCUUCACCAACUUAUUAUUGUAAAGAAGUAUGUUGGGAUGGAUUAAUAAAGGGAAAAGAAAAAUGUGAUGAUGCUAUAAGUACAACUAAUUGCAAAGAUUGUUAAUUCUAUUGUAAAAAUGAUUGCUUAGAAUGUAAUUAUGAGAAUGGUAAAUGCAUUAAAUGCAGAGAAGGUUUGAUUCCUGAAAAUAAUUAUUGUAAAAAUAUUUGUGGAGAUGGUAUUAUUGUAUCAGCUAUAGAUAUUCCAUUCACUGAAGAAUGUGAUGAUGGUAAUCUAAUCGAUUUUGAUGGAUGCAGUAAAACUUGUUUAUUUUAAUGCUAGAAUACUUCAAUUUGUGAUGAUUGUAAAAAUACUAAAUGUUUCCAUUGUAUUAAUAAAUACAAACUCAAUAUUAAUUUACACAGAUGUGAGUGUGAUUAUUCUUGUUAAUUAUGCGAUUUAAUUAGUGGAUAAGGAUGCUUAUAAUGUAAACCUGGAUUCAAAUUAAUUGAUCGAGAAUGUGUAACUAUUUGUGGGGAUUCAUUAAUAACAACUUUUGAGUAAUGCGAUGAUGGAAAUAUGAUUUUUGGAGAUGGAUGCCAUCAAUGCUAAUUUAGUUGUGAAAGUCAAUGUCUAAUAUGUAUAAUGGGAAAUUGUUUAAUAUGUGCUAAAGGUUAUCAAAACUUUGAAGGUAGAUGUUAAGAAUUAUAUUCUCAAUCAUUUCCUAUUGUCAAAAUUAAUAAUGAGAUGUAUUAAAAUGAUCUGCUAUAAGCAUUUUAUUACGAUUACUAGUACAAUAAUUAUCUGAGUAGAAUAAGUUUAGAAUCUUUGGAAAUUAAAUCACUUUAAUCAAUAAUUCAAAAUGAAAUUGUAUAUUUUACUUAUUUAUUUUCAAAUCUUAUUAAUUCUCCUAACUAAUAAAUCUUUUUUGAAGCUGAACUAUCAUUAACAAAUUAUUAAAGAAAUUAAUAAAAUAUAAUGUUUACCAACUGUUAAAUGAAUGAUAAUAAAUGCAAAAAUUAUUGUAUUGAAUUCACAAAAUAGAAUGGAUUAAAAUUAAAAAAAUUAGACAAUUGUUAAAAUGAAAAACUCACUAAAAUUUAAUAUUUAGAUGAUAGUUUUGAAUAAUGCAACGGUAAUGGUUUUGAAUGUUUAAAGAAUUGCCCAAUAAAUUGUUAGAUUUGCUCUCAAGGUUCAUGCAUUUUUUGUAAAACUGGUUAUUAUUUGGAUAUUAUUGGAAAUUCGUGUACACCUAUAUGUGGAGAUAAUUUAGUGACUUUUGAAGAAUUAUGUGAUGAUGGUAAUCAUCUUAUUUAUGAUGGUUGUAGUUUAUGUUAAUUUUAAUGUUAGGAGGAAUGUAUUGAUUGUUAAUAUGGUCAAUGUAAAUAAUGUUAGGAAAAUUUUUAUUUUGAUUUAUUAAAAGGAAGAUGCAUUGAUUGGAAUAAUUGUAAUGAAUAAAAUGGAUUAUAUAUUGAUGAAUAAAAGAAUUAAUGUUAUACUAAAUGUGGAGAUUCUAUCAAAGCAGAAAGUGAAUAAUGCGAUGAUGGAAAUGAAAUACAAUAUGAUGGCUGUUUUUAAUGUUAAUUUUCUUGUGAUUAAUAUUGUGUUGUUUGUUAAUAAGGAGGUUGUGAAUAAUGCUAAAUUGGAUACAAGAAAAUUAAUUAAGAAUGCAUUCUAGAUUGUGGAGAUGGUUUAAUCUUAGGUGCAGAAUAAUGUGAUGAUGGCAACUCCCUAAAUAAUGAUGGAUGUACAAAUUGCUUAAUAGAUCAAGGCUAUAAAUGUUAAACUCUUGAUGAAAAGAGCUUUUGUUUUUAAUGUAAGUCUGAAUGUACAGAUUGUGAAUUUAAGAAUGGUUAAAUUGUUUGUUUAAAUUGUAGUAAAGGUUAUUUCAUUAGUUUUGGUGAAUGUUUAAAAUGUUCUGAUCAUUGUAUAGAAUGCUAACAUAGCCCUAAUAAUUGUACUGAAUGCAUGAUGGAAAAUUGUGGAAAAUGUGAUAAUAAAUUAGGAUAUUAUAAUGAUUUUAGUUUAAGAAAAUGUUAUACAAUAUGUGGAGAUGGUAUUAUGGCUGAAAUGGAAGAAUGUGAUGACGGAAAUAAUUUUAAUUAAGAUGGAUGCAAUUAAAAAUGUUAGAUUGAAAAAGGUUAUGAAUGUGUAUUAAAUACCUGUAAUAAAAAAGAAGAAAAAUAAAUUGCUUAUGGCUAUUCUAAUUCUAGUACUGCUAAUUGCUUAUUUUUAAAAAGUGAGAUUAAUUUUGAAAAUUUUUGCACUAGAAUCAAGAUUGUUAUUGAAUAUUUUAAUAAUACUGAUUUUAAUUAUUCAUUAAUAACUGCUUAAAUAAAUUCUACUGAACAAUCUGAAAAAAACACUUAAUUACACGAAUGCCAAAUUUAAUUUGACUUUUUUAAAACUAUAACAGAGAUUAAUUUAAUUCAUAUAUUAAUUCCCACAUCAUAAAAUUAAUCACGACUUUUAGAAGAAGAAAAUAUCAGAGAAAUUAUCGUAGUACCAAGAAAAUAGGUUUAUUAUAAUCAGGCUUAAAAGGCUUAAGCAUAAGCAGUUGUUUCUACUUCAAAUCAAUUAACCUUUUUACUAUAAUUGAUUGGUCCAUUGACAAUUUUAUUUGGAGGAGUAAACUUUUUUUGGACAAUUUUGGACAUAUUAACAUGGAUUAAUAAUUUUUAUUUUCUUAAUGUAGAUUACCCUCUAAAUGUGAAAUUAUUUUUUUUAAAAUUAUAAUGGGAUGAUAUUUUUAAUAUUCCUGAAUUUAUUUCUCUAAAUUAACCAACUGACCUUUAUUAUUUUGAAGCUCCUCCAAAAUUUAACGAAAAAAAUAUUAAUCCUUUAUUUAUUAAUAACAUAUAGGUGUUUAGUUGCCUUAUACUAUUAGCUAUUUUAAUAUACCUUGUGUCCUUAGCAAUUAUUAAAAUUUUUGAAAAAAAGUUUACCCACAAGAAUGCUACAAGAAAAGGCAUUGUUGUUUUUACGAUUUGUUACGUUGAAUCUAAUAUGUAAACACAAGAAUAACAAUAGCCAAAAUAACCUAUACAUGAAAAGCUUUAAAAACUUCCAAGCCUAAUAGUGCUUUUAAUUAAAUAAUCAUAUAAAUACAAGCUUACAUUUUUAUCAAAACUCAUUGCGAUAAUCAAUCUACUUUUGUUAGAUAUUUUUAUGGCCUGCAUUUUACAACUAAUUUGUGAAAAAAAAAAUGAUUAUUUUAUAGUGACUUUCAACAAUUUUCUAGCAAUUUUUAGUUUAAUACUCAUUUUCGGAAUGUAUUAAUUGUAUGAAUUCGUUAGUUCAAAGCACUAUUUAUUAUUAAAUCAUUUUAGUUUCUCAAGGAAAUAUUCUUCUCUAUAUGAAGGGAUAGAUUAUGAAAAUAAAAUUGCAAAAAAAUAUUGCUACUUUAAUUUGAUUAGAAAAAUCGCUUUCAUAGUUUCGAUAGUAGUCUUGUAUGAGAAACCCAUCCUAUAGACUACAUUUUGCUGUCUUUCUUGUUUUAUUAAUUAAGCAUUUUUGCUGUAUUAGAAUCCAUUUGAUUCAAAGAUUGGAUUGAUUCAAGCAGCAGUCCCAGAUUUUUGUAUUUUUUGCAUUAUAUUAUUGUCUGUAUUAAUUUCAAUUGAUGAUUUGACUAGUUUUUUGAGUUUUCAUCAAAAAUAUAAUAUAGGAUGGAUGAUUAUAUGUUUAAUAGGUAUAUCAAUAUUGAUUUAAUUAAUGUUUUUAUUAAUGGAAUUUUAUUAAAAUCUAUUAGCGAAUUGUAGAGGACUUAAGCAACUUAUUUGUAAAUGA